CGCGCCCCUAGUGUGCGCGGUGCGGGUGCACGGGCCGCGAUGUGCCCCCGGUGCACGCACACCCCCUGUGCGCACAGCCCCGCUUGUAUGGACACCCGCUGGUUGUGUACACCCAGAGGCACCCUGCGGGAACACACCUGUUCACAGCACGGGUUGCACACACACGCCCCGAUGCCCGCAGUGAGAUGCUUGCACGCUCACUUUGGCACAUGCAUGCACACGGUGUGCUCACACCAUCAGCGCAGCAUAGGGCGCAGUGCUGGAGUCCCCGCAGCUGGCAAAGGGAGCUGCUUUGGUGCUGGGGCAAUGAGGCCGCGUGUGCUGCUGAGGCACUCCUGGGAAGGGAGCAGCAAGGAGCCGUGCUGUGACCCUGUGAGGGGAUGAUCACCAUCCCCGUGUGGACACAAGGAUGGAGCUGGAGGCCCUGGGAUGCUGGGUUCCUGCAGGCAGCACGCAAUCAGCGGUGAGCACCCCCAGCAGCGAGCCAUUAGCCUUUGCUGUGCCUUUCCAUUCAUGUCAGAGGGCUUUAAGCACAGCCCAAGCCCAAAAAGGCUGCAAAAAACCCAUGUGGCCCACCCUGAGCACUGUGAGGGCUGUGAUGGAGGUGGGACCACCCCCCAAGGACACAUACCCCCCACCAGACAGCCACAGGGGAGAGCAGUGCGGCCAGCAGUCAGACCCUGCAGCUGCUCUGCUCGCUUCUCACAGUUUGCAGGGGCACCGGGAGCCUCGUAUGGCUGCACAGCUCCAUGGAACACAGCCUGGAGCCCAGCACAUGCAUGCAAGGUCCCACUGGAUGCCACCAGCCCUCUCUAAGCACAGCUCUGUGUCAGCCAUUGGCAAAUCCCGCACCGCACAGCAUUCCAGGGAGAAACGGCCCCAUGCUGGGCUGGGGGGAGGCAUCUGUUCCGCAGCACCACGGGGCUUUGCUAAAUAGGUCACUGCUUUUUUUAUAGUCUCCGGGAUCUAGAAAAACCAGUUGUUCCAGACUGCCGGCGGACCUGGAAACGUGGUGGUGGCGGAUCCCCAGGUGCUCUCACUGCUGUUCUCCAGCUGUCCUCAGCCGAGAGGGUCAGCGAGAUGUGAGCGAGAUGAGUGGCGGAUCUCUGAGCAGCACUGCUGGGUGUGACUGCGGAACAGGCAGAGGUGUUUGGGGCCGGCUGCCCGCCGCAGGCUUUGCCUGGGUGCCGUUUGCCGUGUGGGUGCAGCCCUGCACACCGCUGUACGCCUGCCUGCGCCGACUGCAGGCCGCUGCUCGGGGUGAGCUCUCCCUCUAGCGGCACCCAGCUUCUAGCCAGCCUGCCAGCCCUGCGGGGCCGUGCCCAGGACAGGUCUGGGGGCUGUGGGGUGUUGGGGCCGUGCUGCGGUCUGCAGCCCCGCAGUGACAGCUUUGGGAGCAGCAGGACAACCCCCACAGCGAAUGCGCUGCCACGCAGCAACAAAACCAGCCGCCUUGUUGUGGUCAGCAAUGCGUCCCCACAGUACCACUCAACCACGUCGACCCCAUUAAUGGAGGGGGCCACACACCACCCCGAUCCUGCCCCCCAGAAGCAGGGGUGCUCCAGCUCCCCGUGGGCACCGUCCCAGCCCUGCUGUGUCCCCGCAGGCCUCGCGCCAGGCUGGGCUGCAUUCCGCGCUGACAGGGCGCUUUGUUUUGUGCCGAGCAGACAAAAGGGGCAGUCAGACGCGGGCGGCGCUUUGUGCUGGCGGCCAUGAGCUGAGGCAGCAGCAGUCCUCACUGCCACGCUGCCUCCCAGCCCCAGCAGCCUGCCCUGCAGCAGCCAUGCCCCAGCAGCCAGGCCUGCACCCACCAUGGCACCCCUGCCAGGCUGGGAAGGGGAGCAGGGCCUAGUUGCCAUGGUUACCAGGAGGCUUUGGGCCUAGGUAGGCCUCGUUGCUAUGGUUACUAUGGGUCUUCAGACCCAGGUAUGCCUCGUUGCCAUGGUUCUGUGGGGCUUCAGGCCUAGGUAGGCCUCAUUGCCAUGGUUACUGUGGGGCUUCAGACCCAGGUAGGCCUCGUUGCCAUGGUUACUGUGAGGCCUGGUGCCUCUGAGGCCCAUGGUGGCCCUGCACCCCCACAGGCCUGGCAUCAUCUGUGGGCCCAGGGAGCGAGCCAUGGGGACCUGAAGGCCCCACAGCAGCUCCCACCACUGCCCCACGUCCCUCCUGCGGUGUGAGGAGGGCUGGAGGAUGCAACCACACCAUGUUGUCCUCGCUGCCCAAGCACACAGGGCAGGGGACCCCAGAUGGUGCCACGCUGCUUCCCACCUGCCCCCAGGCCAGGCCAGCCCCGUGACGGCGCGCUGCAUUGCCCCUGGAAAAUGCCAGAAGCGUCAAACUGUUGAGUCAUUCGCGCCCAAGAUUAUCUGUACAAACAGCCGUCCCUGAUUAUUUUUGUUAUGAUCUUUUUUUUUUUCUUUCUUUUUUUUCCUUUUAUUUUUUUUUUUUCCCCCAAGAAUGUAGCUCGGACCAUGGGGAUGAGCUGCUGAAAUCUCCGGGGAUCAGCAGGACAAUGCCAGUGGGAGCAUUGUGCUGACGGCUCUGCAAACGCUGGCACCGGCUCCGGGCCAGCAGCGCCCUAUAAAAGCUGAGCCGCUGAAGUAGGCAGACAUGACAUGGGCGAAGCAGCUGUACCGCCUGAGCUAGACACCUUUCCAGCAGCAAAGAUGGCUCAGACAAACCCUCUGCCUGUCCCCAUGGGCCCAUGGAAGAGCGUUCGGAGCAGAGGCCGGGAGAACCGCCUGCCACAGCCCUGCCACCUGCCCGUCCCAGAAGGGCUCCACUCCUCUCUCCGGACGGUGCUGCUGCCCCAGGAACUGACCUUAGGGAUCACUGUGUACGACCAAGAAAACUUCCAGGGCAAGAGGAUGGAGUUCACCUCGGCCUGUCCAAACAUCAUGGAGUGUGGUUUCGACAACAUCCGCUCCCUAAAGGUGGAAUGUGGCGCCUGGGUUGGUUAUGAGCACACCGGUUUCUGCGGGCAGCAGUUCAUCCUGGAGAGGGGCGAGUACCCGCGCUGGGACGCCUGGAGCGGCAGCAAUGCCUACCACAUCGAGCGCCUCAUGUCCUUCCGCCCCGUCUGCUCUGCUAAUCACAAGGAAUCCAAGAUCACCGUCUAUGAGAAAGACAACUUCAUCGGCCGCCAGUGGGAGAUCAGCGACGACUACCCCUCGCUGCAGGCCAUGGGCUGGGCCAACAACGAAGUGGGCUCCAUGAAGAUCCCCUGCGGCGCCUGGGUUUGCUACCAGUACCCCGGGUACCGUGGCUACCAGUACGUCCUGGAGGCCGACCAUCAUGGGGGAGACUACAAGCACUGGAGAGAGUGGGGCUCGCACGCCCAGACCUCCCAGAUCCAGUCCAUCAGGCGCAUCCAGCAGUAGCUGCCUGGCGCCCGGCCCCACUUCUGAGCACAUCUUUGCAAGGUUUCUAAAGCUCACCGGCUCCCUUUUGGUGCUAAUAAUCCCCUCCUGAAAUAACAACCCCUUCUUGUACUGCAACCGCUUGAUGGAACAACACUUCUAAACGGUACCAGCUGCCACAAACUGCCAAUAAAUAAAUGUGACUGAAAGAAAAA